AUUUUUGGUUUUGAUUUUGGUGGCUUGUGACUCCAGCCCGAGUCGUCUGGUGGGGUCGCCCCUCGACGUUUCUCCCGCCGCAGAGGCUCCCGCCCGCGCCCUCGCCUUCGGGAGCGGCAUGGCCAACGCGGGGCUGCAGCUGCUCGGCUUCUCGCUGGCGCUGCUGGGCUGGGUGGGCCUGCUGGUGUGCACCGCCCUCCCGCAGUGGCAGAUGAGCUCGUACGCGGGCGACAACAUCAUCACGGCCCAGGCCAUGUACAAGGGGCUGUGGAUGGAGUGCGUGACGCAGAGCACGGGCAUCAUCAGCUGCAAAAUGUACGAUUCGGUGCUCGCCCUGCCCGCGGCCCAGCAGGCCACCAGGGCUCUGAUGGUGGUGUCCCUCGUGCUGGGCUUCCUAGCCAUGUUCGUGGCCACGAUGGGCAUGAAGUGUACCCGCUGCGGGGGAGAUGACAAGGUGAAAAAGGCCCGUAUAGCCAUGACCGGAGGCAUCAUCUUCAUCGUGGCAGGUCUUGCUGCUUUGAUAGCUUGCUCCUGGAGCGGCCACCAGAUUGUCACAGACUUUUAUAACCCUUUGGUCCCCAUGAAUAUUAAGUAUGAGUUUGGUCCUGCCAUCUUCAUCGGCUGGGCAGGGUCUGCUCUGGUCCUCCUGGGAGGUGCAAUGCUCUCUUGCUCCUGCCCUGGGAGUGAGGGCAAAGCUAGGUAUGGUGCUCCCCGCUCCUACACUAAGCCCAACUCUGCCAAGGAGUAUGUGUGAGCCGGGACUCCAUUGCCCCAGCCUGGCAACCUACACUUGGAAGGACCUGGGGCAGAGCUCGGCCUGUGGGCAGGAUGUGCGGGCGCUGUGGGUCGCUGCAUUCCUGUACACCAUGUACAGUUCCCUGGGGGCUGGGCGGGGGAGAACAGAGGGUGGAUGUGCUUUUUGUACAGUAAUAAAAAGUAUGUUUUGGAAAG